CAAAGAAACACCUCAAAGAAUCGAAGACAAUCCUUUUUCAUAAUCAAUGCUAAUCAAUCUCUUGGACGAUAACACAUCUCAAAGAAUCAAAGAUAAAUCAUUUUGAUAAUUACAACUACACACCUCAAAAAAUCAAAGACAAUUACUGGUCAGUCUCUCGAUAAAUAUACACCUCAAAGAAUCGAAGAGAAUUCAUUUCAUAUGGGCUGAACUAGUAAGGGUUAAAUCUCAUUCCAUAAAAAGUUACCCAGCUAGUGUUUUUUUUGUCUCCGCUAAAUUUUGCACCCGAGCUCUCAGAAUUCUCAAUGGCUUCAUUGACCACUAGCCCAGCUUCAUAUUUUGAAUAGCUUAAUAAAAAUCUCAACUCCGCAACUGCAUAUUCAGCUCACAAUUGUUUCCAUCCUCAGAGUAUUGAUUCAGUGUUUAAUGUUACUAUGAAGGGAACAAUCCAUGAAGAAUCAAAUAACAAAAUUGGUAGCCAAUGGACUUUACAAAGAAGCCAUUAAUUUGUAUUCCCAACUCCAUUACUCUUCUUUAUCUCCCACCAAAUUCACCUUCCCUUGUCUCUUCAAAGCUUGUGCAAAGCUAAGAACUAUACCACAAGGUCAAGUACUUCAUAGCCAUUUGAUAAAGCACGGGUUUAACACCGAUGUAUAUGCAGCCACAUCGCUUACUGACAUGUACAUGAAAUUUGCCUUAGUGGAUAGUGCCUUGAAGGUGUUCGAUGAAAUUCCUCAACCAAAUAUUGCUUCGUUAAAUGCAAUCAUUUCUGGGGUUUCUCAAAAUGGGUGUCAUGUUGAUGCUUUUCGGAUGUUUGGGUUGUUUAGUGGUUUACUGAUUAGGCCGGAUUCGGUUACUAUAGCUAGUGUUUUGUCAGGGUGUGUGAAUAUUAACCAUGGUGUUCAAAUGCAUUGUUGGGGUAUAAAGAUUGGUGUGGAAAUGGAUGUAUAUGUAGUUACAUCGAUUUUGAGUAUGUAUUUGAAUUGUGUUGAUUGUGUUUCUGCGACGAGGUUGUUUGGAUUGGUUAAGAAUAAGAAUGUGGUGUGCUGGAAUGCAUUUAUUUCAGGGAUGUUGCGAAAUGGGGUGGAGGAAGUGGUUUUGGAUGUGUUUAAGAAGAUGUUACUACACGAAGAACCGAAUGAAGUGACUUUAGUAUCGGUUCUCUCUGCUACUGCUAAUCUUAAGAAUGUGAAGUUUGGUAGGCAAGUUCAUGGACUUAUUGUGAAAAUUGAGUUACAAGCUCGUACGAUGGUGGGAACUGCACUUGUAGACAUGUAUUCGAAAUGCUGUUGCUGGUUAUGUGCAUAUGAAAUCUUCAAAGAGCUGGGUGGCAACAGGAAUUUGAUAACAUGGAAUUCGAUGAUUGCUGGAAUGAUGUUAAAUGAGCAAACAGAGAAAGCUGUGGAGCUUUUCGUGGAAUUAGAAUUGGAAGGAUUGCAACCAGAUUCAGCAGCAUGGAAUUCAAUGAUCACUGGAUUUUCGCUGCUGCAAAAAGAGAGUGAAGCUUUUAAGUUCUUCAGGAAAAUGCUUUCUGCCGGUGUCGUUCCCAGUGUGAAGACUAUUACUAGUCUUCUGAUGGUGUGCUCAUCUCUAUCCUCACUCUGUUUCGGCCAAGAGAUUCACGGAUAUAUUUUUAGGACGGAAACCAUUAUUGAUGAAUUUAUUGUCACCGCAAUCAUUGAUAUGUACAUGAAGUGUGGACAAUUUCCUUUGGCAAGGAAGGUUUUUGAUCAGUUGGAAGUAAAAUAUGAUGAUCCUGCUAUCUGGAAUGUAAUGAUUUCAGGGUUUGGAAGGAACGGGGAAGGUGAAGCUGCUUUUGAGAUGUUCUCUCUGAUGCUAAUGGAGAAAGUACAACCAAAUUCAGCAACUUUGAAUUGCAUCUUGUCUGUGUGCAGCCACACUGGAAAAUUGGAGAAAGCAUGGCAAGUUUUUAGCUUGAUGAUCACAGAUUUUGGCUUAAUCCCAACUCUAAAGCAGCUUAAUAUUAUGGUUGAUCUACUUGCUCGAUCUGGUCGGCUGGAUGAAGCUAGAGAACUACUACAGCUCAUUCCCGAGCCUUCUGCAUCUGUUUUUGCUUCUUUACUAGCAGCUUCUGAGCAAUUCUCUAAUGCCAAGAUGGGAGAAGAAAUGACUAAAAAGCUCUCAGAAUUGGAGCCAGAAAACCCUGUUCCUUUUGUGAUUUUGUCCAACCUUUAUGCUAGACAAGGAAGAUGGGACGACGCUGAAAGAAUCAGAGAAACAAUUGAUGAAAGGGGACUCGAGAAACUACCAGGAUACAGUACUGUAGGAGUGACAUAAUCUAACAUCCUGUAUAUGCUAAAACUGGUAGAACAGACUACUAUUGGAUCUUAUGCCUAAUCUGAAUGAACUGGCUCUCGUUCUUAUUUUUACUCCAAUCACUGCUCCAACAUUCCUUGCACGAGGAAAUCCAAAAUCGAUGUUAAAGAUGUUGGUGGUUCAAAGAUGAAGCAACGGAUGAGAUUUCUGAGUGCAAGCACACAAUUGACUUCAUUAACCUUGCCACUUGUCGCAGAUCCUGUGAACUAACUUGGAAGCCAGGCAGUACGAAGAGUUGGUUCAAGCUUGCGUGCUUUUAGUGUGACAACCUUCAUGGUCCAUGUGUUCCCUAAGCAGUUGUCUGUGAAGUCCUUUCAGUAGCUCGGAAUAACUGGCCUCCUACGGGAUAUGAAAGGUAGACAAGCGCUGAUGUGGGAUAACCAGAGUCCCGAAAUGCAGUCAAAGCCAAUCCCUCCAUUUGCAUCCUUCAAGAACUGGUCUUAUAGUGAAUUCAGUUGUGAAGCUCUUGAGCAAUGGUUAACUGUUCCAAUCACAGGUACUUCCUAGACUAUAUUUUGAUUGCAGUAGAAGCCUCUCAAAAGGUUAGUUCUUUGAAUCUCAAUUUUGAGGAGUCGGAUUAAUAUCGACAUUAUUCUAUAUUGUAUGUUGAAUUUAGUUAUCCUAAUUACAAUUUGAUUAUCAUAGUACUAAAUCCAUAUAUGUUAAAAGUAUUUUUUGUUCUUAAAUCGCGCACCUCACUUCUCGCUUAUCACUUUAUGCCUCAUGAACAUUGUUACCUUUUUGUGUGCUUCGCUUUUAAAUACAUUGGUAAUAGUUGUGUUCUGACCAUCUUGCGUGCACUUUAACUUUUCCUCAGGAUACUCAUUUUCUACCACCAUAUGUUUCACGGAAUUUUGUCAAUCGAGAUGUAGACAGAUGGAAAGAAACCACAUAGCUUUUUGGCUUUUGUGAAAUUUGAACCUACACUUCAGUUGCUUCAGGGAAGUCACACUGGUUCAGCCAAGUCAUACGAAAUCAUUCUUCAUCGUUCCGAUAUCAAGCUCUAUCAAAGAUUAGAUCGCGCUAUAUCAGAUGUGCUUACUCAUUUUAAGAAUGAGUUUGAAAAUCAAUAUAACACUAUAAUUGAUCUUACAACUCGCAAAUUGCAAAGCAUCAUGACUCCACAGAUGUUAGAGGUAUGUGUGGAUGUGACAUUAGUGAUUGAUCACAAUUGCUAUGGUAGAAUUUUGUUAGCAAUGGAAGAAUCAUCCACAAUUAAUAUAUCAUCAAUAGAGUUGCUAGAGCCAAUUGAAACUGAUGAAAGAAAUAACAACGAUGAU